AUGGAUCAAAAUCCUACAACUCCAGGGGGAGACGGGAGCAAUAACCGAAUACCGAUUGGAGAUUAUUACCAAACUCAACAACUCGGAGACGAUGAUGAUGCUUAUGAUGAUGAUGAUGAAGAUGAAGCGGACCAAGGUGGAAAAGGUAAAAAUAAGAUACUAAAAGAAAGGUGGGGACAUGAUGAGGAUAUAGCAUUGGUCUCCGGAUACCUUAAUUGUGGUGGUGAUCCAUUAGUGGGAACAGAUCAGUCAAAGGCAAAGCUUUGGAAAGAAAUCAAGCGCAUCUACGAUGUUGAAGUGGUAAAAAAACCAUCACUCAUCCACCCAAGGACCAUGAAGUCAAUUAAAGCGCAUUGGAGAACCAUCAACCGACUCGUGACUUUGUGGGUAUCGCAACUCGGUGAAGCCGAGCGAAUGAAAUCAAGUGGAAUGGCUAUUACGGAUGUAGAGGCUAAAGCUCAUGAACUAUACCAACAAAAACAAAAUAAUAAAGCUUUCAAAUUGUACCAUUGUUGGAUGGGAAUGAGACACCUUUCAAGAUGGCAACCCGGAUACGAUUCAACUGUUGUGAGUCAAUCAAGUUCAAAAAGGUCAAGUGAUGAAGUUGUAUCAGUUCUCCCGGAUGGUGCGAAGAAGGCUAAGGCACAAAGAAAGAUGAAAGGAGUAGCUACAAGUUUAGAUGAUUUCAACAACACUUUAAGUGAAAUGCAAGGUGAACGAAUUACAAUAAGGAAAAAUAUAGAAGAAAUGAUGGAUUACCAAAAGCAGCGAGAUGAAAAGAAAAUGAGGUUCAAGAUGUAUCAAUUGUUGAUGACCAAACCAUCUCUUGAUGCGGUUGAGUUCGAAUACUAUGAGAAGCUAAGAAGAAGAGUUUAUGAAGUAGUUUAG